AUGGAUGAGGCGCUUGAUGAGCUUGCGUACCGACUCCCGAAAGACGUGGGCAAAACCGGACCGAUAGAAGCGUCAGUCCUCGAAGUUACGGAAAGCACCGACGGUUUAAACGACACCGACAGGGAGGCCCGGCCUCCAGUCCUUCGUUCACUUGCACACGAAGUCCUCUUUCUUAUAACCUGCGCCACUGCAACAGCCCUCUCCUCCCUCUCCGUUGGCAGUGCCAACACCGCCUUGAUAUCAAUUGGCAAUGACCUCAAUAUGCAUGAUGCGUCCUCACUCUCCUGGAUCAUCUCAGCCUUUUCGCUUACAAGUGGGUGUGUGAUGCUCUCUUCCGGGCGUGCUGCGGAUUUGUAUGGACGGCAAAGGGUGUUUCUCAUUGGCGGUGUAAUCUUCACCAUUGCAUGUAUCAUCUGCGGUUUUGCAGUGAACAAGGAAAUGAUGUAUAUGCUGCGUGCAGUGCAGGGCUUAGGAACUGGCAUUUGUACGCCAGCUGGUGCAGGCAUGAUUGGAGCAAUGUAUCUCCCAGAUACAAGAAGGAAGGAAAAAGCUUUUGGAUUGUUGGGAGGGGCAUCUGCUUUGGCAUUCUUGACUGGUACUGUGCUAGGAGGGAUCUGUUCAGAACUGUUAAAUUGGAGGUGGAUUUACUGGAUAAUGGCCGUUAUUUCUGCCUUGAUGACUCUGGGUGGAGUGUUUGUUGUUCCAAAGGGGUGCAAUGAGAGAAAUCCUGGACAAUUGGAUUGGAUGGGGCUCAUUCUAUCAGUGGUUGGCAUGUCUUUGCUGACAUACUCUGUCACUGGUUCCACUGGAGCUCCAUUUGGCUGGCGAACAUGGUACAUCCCAAUUCUCUUCGUUGUUUCAAUAUUUGUCAUUGCUCUCUUCAUCUGGUCCCAGCACCGGCAGUCAGAUCCAAUGAUGCCCCUGUCAAUCUGGUCGUUUCCGAAUUUCGCUCUUAUCAUGGUCAUCGUCUUUCUCGCAUGGGGCGUCUUCGAGGUAAUCACUGUUUAUCUUGCUCUUUAUUUCCAGAACAUUAAAAAGACGACACCAUUACUUACCAGUGCAUCCUUUGUACCAGACAUGCUGUUUGGAUUGAUUUCAAUCCCUCUCCCAGCGUUCAUGCUGAAGUGGUUCCCGAAACGCUGGGUCCUGUGCAUCAGUCUCAUUCUUCUCUUUAUUCCUACCAUUCUCUAUGCAUUUGUUGACGAAGACACUACCUACUGGGCCAUCCCUUUCCCUGGUAUCAGCAUAUCCGCAAUUGGAGCGUUCUUACUGUACAACCUCGCAAACCUGUUCUGCUCGUCUUCUGCUCCGCCAGAGAAGCAGUAA